CCAAAAUUUCGAAGCAGCCCGCUAUCACUAUUACGCAAAGCAGAAGCGCUGAGCUACUCGGCACUCGGCAGGAUGCUCCGGCUGCGGCAUCAGGCCGCGCAAUUUCUUCGCCGCAGAGGCUAUCCGCUCUACUUGUCCAAUAAUCGCUUCCAAACCACAGCCCCAAUCGAGUCCGCUGAUCUUGAGCUAGGGUUUGAAAAUCCUCCAAAGCCAGGCCUCCCCCCUAUCGUUCCUUCCGAUGACGCCGACGCCCUCUCACGUCUUCUCUUCCAGCACCACAACCCCUUCCACGCUAUGGAAUCAUCCCUCCAGCUCGCUGGCAUCCGCCUCACACAGAGUCUCGUUCUCCAGACGCUCCUACGCAUCCGCAACUUCUCCAAGAUCGCCCUCGGUUUCUUUGUUUGGUCGCGCGACCAGGCCUAUCAUUCGCAUGGUGCAGACGCAUAUGACCUAAUGGUGGACGUCUUGGGCAAGGUCCGCCAAUUCGACGCAGCCUGGCAGCUCAUUGUGGAGAUGGACCAGCGCGGCGUGGCCCCAUCUCCGCGGACAUUCGCCAUUCUUGUCCGCCGAUACGUUGCUGCGGGACUUACGAGGCAGGCAAUCAGGGCUUUCGACGAUAUGGAGGCGUUUAUUGGAAGGGAGCCUGGCACCGCGGAGUUCAACAUGCUCUUAGACACGCUUUGCAAGUAUGGUUAUCCCAAGGUAGCGACAGAAUUUUUUAACAAGCGGAAAGUCUCAUUUGAACCAGAUGAAAAAGCAUACACAAUAUUGGUUUAUGGGUGGUGUAAGAUAAAGAAAACUGACAUGGCCCAGAAGUUUCUAAAGGAGAUGAUUGAGCGAGGAGUGGAACUAAAUGUGGUAACAUAUAAUGUUUUGUUGAAUGGAAUUUGUAGAAGAGAAAGCUUGCAUCCAGAUGUUUGCUUUGAUAAAACAAUUCAUGAAGCUGAGAAUCUUUUAAGUGAUAUGCGUAGCCGAGGUAUCGAGCCUGAUGUUACAAGUUAUUCAAUUAUUAUCCAUGUUUGCAGCCGAGCCCAUAAACCCGAGUUAUCAGUUUAUAUGUUUCGCUCAAUGAAGGAGAAAGGAAUUUGUCCCACCAUUGCGACAUACACGUCGGUGAUUAAGUGUCUUGCAUCAUGUGGAAGAUUGGAAGAAGCAGAAGAGUUGCUUAAUGAAAUGAUGACCAAUGGAGUUUGCCCAUCCCCUGCAACAUACAAUUGCUUCUUUAAAGAAUAUCGUGGGAGGAAAGAUAUCAGCAGUGCAAUGAAGCUGUACAGGAAGAUGAAGGAGAUUGGUUCAUUGGGGGUGCUUGAUAUGCAUACCUAUAACAUAUUGAUUGGGAUGUUUUCCAAGCUAAGUCAAACGGAACUUGUAAUGGAACUAUGGCAUGAUAUGAUUGAGAAGGGUAUCGGUCCAGACAUGGAUUCUUACACUUUGCUGAUACAUGGGCUGUGCGAGAGGCAGAAAUGGCAGGAAGCAUGCCAGUUCUUUAUGGAAAUGAUUGAGAAAGGGCUUCUUCCACAAAAGGUCACUUUUGAGACUCUCUACAGGGGACUGAUUCAAGCAGAUAUGCUUAGAACUUGGAGGAGACUCCAGAAAAAAAUUAAUGAGGAGUCAUUGAUGUUUAGUUCUGAUUUCCAACAGUAUCAAUUGAAACCUUAUAAAAGGUAAUGGACUUGUUCUCAGUUUUCCUCAAGACACCAUUUUGGAAUCUGCAAGUUGUCAGCUAAAUCAAUCGAUUGUAUUCUAUUAUAUCACUUGUUGAGGUGCCAGAAGCAGUGGUUUAGUUGUUAUAUUAUAAUGAAGCUUCAAUUGUGAGAAUUUCUCCUGGAUUGUGAAGAAAUGACAAUGAGAUCUGUAAGUUGUGGGUGAAAUGAUGGCAUUACAACAUUCAUGGAUAUUAGCAUCCAUAUAAUUUACUCACUCUUUGAAGGUUGAUCUAUGCUUUUCUUUUCAACGGAAGGAUGAAUUAUUCUAUGCGUAUGCUGAACGCCGUCCAGAGCCCAAUGAAAAUGCGCCAUGUCACCCUCUACUCGGUACCGCGGCUCAGUACUGCUCGAUAUUGAACUUGGUACUGCUCGAUACUGAAUGACGGGGCUGCACUUGAUUAGUCUUUGGAAGGUAAGGUGUAUUCGGUGUCUGGACAGAAUAAUCUCUCGUUAGCAAGGUAUAGUUUGAAGGCUGGGGAACAUGUACUACGAGAUCUGAAGAUGUGUUGCAGAUGAAGCUGGCUAUUAUGGCAAUUCUGCUGGAGCUGAUCAGUUUAAGGAAAUAUGGAAGAUCAUGUUAUAUCUAGAGUUUAACUGCAUCUGAGAUUCAUAGACACAGAUCAAUCCAGAAAGCUAUAAUGCUUAAAAUCGAUUUUGAGUGACAAGUUGCAGUCAUCGAUUAAUGAUUGUAUAUCAAACUAGUGGAAGGGAACCAUAGGAAGAGUGAACCAGGCAAUGAAUAUAAGUAAACAUGGCGAUUAAAGGCCAUACAAGUUCAAAAAAGAAGAAGAUUUUUUUCUUCUUCUUUAUGGAUUGUACUUCCGUCAUCAGUUCUACUUUGAACCUUUUACACAAUUUCAGGUAUUUGAUUUCAGGAAUGUUUUUAUU